AUGUAUCAACAUCAGCCUCAAAACCAGACCUUCCAGUCUUCGCGUCAGGCUUCCCGGCCGGGGCCAUACCAAACCCCCCGAGGCCAAACCGGCCCUUCGCGGCGAAUCCCUUACCAGACGGCUAGGCAGCCGAACGUUCCCCCGAGUAUCUCUCGGAACGAUGUGUCAGCCGCUUACCCCUCAGAUAGCUUACCUCAAAGUCCCUACGGCCAUCAGGUAGAAAAACCUUCAAUAUCCCCAAAUGCUCCCGAGGUCCAGAAGGCCAGCCAAGGAGUCGCGAAUGAAGAACAGAUCCUCCAGCAUCUGAGGGACAUCAGUGCCGCAUUAUCUGGCAUAAAGCAACAGUUGUCUAAUCACGGGCAGGAGUUUUCCACUUACCGACAGGAAACAUACAAUCAUGCAGCCAGAAUUGAAGACCUGACAGAUGCGGUUGAUUAUAUACGACAAAAUUUAGAAGCAGCAGGCGCCUUUCUUGUAUCGGGCGAUCCUGCUCUCAACGACAACGGGGACAUGACCAAAUUACUCAACUGCUAG